AUGACCAUUUGGAGGAAGGGAUAUAAGCGUCCGGCGUAUAGUGGUGCAAAGAGGUGCUGCCAUCGGCGGAUACCUGACACAAUCCAAAGCAUAACCAAACCUGAUAUUUGCCGUCUUGCACGCCGUGGAGGGACCAAGCGUACAUCAAACCUCAUCUACGAAGAAACCCGAUGCCUGUUAAAGAAGUUCUUGGACGAUGUGGUCCGUGACACGAUACUGCACACUACACACAAUUGGCGAAACACUGUCACUGCUGCUGAUGUUACCCGUGCUUUACGAGCUCGCACAGGACACUCGUUGUAUCUAUGUUAA